UUUUUACAUAUUUUCUUCAGCAGUUCGGAAAGAGUGAUAAAAUGUCGGGACGAGGGAAGGGAGGAAAGGGUUUGGGGAAGGGAGGUGCAAAGAGGCACAGGAAGGUGCUGCGAGAUAACAUUCAGGGCAUCACUAAGCCCGCAAUUCGUCGCCUUGCAAGGAGAGGAGGCGUUAAGCGUAUCAGCGGCCUUAUCUAUGAAGAAACCAGAGGGGUUCUGAAGAUCUUCCUCGAGAAUGUAAUCAGAGAUGCUGUUACCUACACUGAGCACGCACGCAGGAAGACUGUUACAGCUAUGGAUGUCGUCUACGCCUUAAAGAGGCAAGGCAGGACUCUCUACGGCUUUGGCGGCUGAGGUUAAUCGCUCGCUUUAUCUAAUGAUAUGGUGUCUUUCGACACCACCGUUUGUCUGGAAGUUUUUAAGCUCUGUCAAAUUAUUUUCUUUUCUUCAAUGUACGUGUCUUGUUAGGGUUUGAUGUCGGGUCUUCUUCUCUGAAAUCUGAUCUGGAGGGAGUAAUGGAGAUUUCUUUGUUGUCCUUAAGAUUUUCUGUUUGGAUUUAUAAAAUAUUAGCCUCAUCAUAUUUGAUUCA